AUGUCAAGAACAUUAGUUCAUCAAACGAAUAAAGAAUUCGAUAAAUGUGCCGAACUUUUACGUAAUAUUCUUAGUGCUCAAGAAACACGUCGAAAUUCAAAAUCAUCGGUUAUUGGAGAAAUAACUCGAAAAAAUCAACAACAACCACCACAACAACAACAGCAACAGCAACAACAAUCUCAAACAAAUACACGAUUGAAGAAACAAAAUACAAAACCAAUUGUUACAAAAUUGUCUUUCAUUAAAACAAAUAUUAAUAAUAAUAACAAUAAUAAUAAUAAUAAUAAUAAUACAGAAAAUGUAGAACGUCGUUCAUCAUAUUCACCAACAAAAUCAUUAUUAUCAUCAACAGGAGUAGGAACAAAUGAGGAUCAGUCGUUAUUAAAAAAUCGUCUAAGUCCAAAUAAAUCUCGUAAGCAUCAAACACGUUCUCCAUCUCCAACGCAAAUAGUUCAUCAACGGAUUAUAUCUCCAACAAAAAAUUCUCCAUUGAUAAAUAAUAAAUUUCGACAAAAAUCUCCUUCAUCACCAGUAAGACGUCGUCGACGUAUUCAAGAUCAACAAGAUCUUGUACGAAGUUCAUCUUGUGGUGAUUUACCAUCGGCUAGUUUUAUACAUAAACAACAAACACGUUUUAUUAUCGAUCAAUUCGUUACACAUUUGACACGGAUUCGAACGAUUUCAAAACAAAUUCGAUCAAGAAAUAUUAAUAUAACUAAUGAUCCGGAAUGUUAUCAUCUAUGGAAUGAACUUGAAAGUUCACUUUCAUCAGCAUUGGCAUAUGCGAAUGAUGAUAUUCAAUUGCAAUUGGCAUUAGAACCUUUAAGAAAUGAAAUCUUGGAACUUCGAAAGCAACUACAAACAACUAAUGUUCAUUUACGUGAAUUUGAUAAUCGUCGUAAUGAUGAACAAUAUGCACAUAUGCAAAAGAAAUUUGAAACAAAUCAAAUUCAAUGUUCGCAAUUAUUAAUACACAAUCAAGAACUAAGAUCAAAAUGUGAUUUAUUACAAGAAAAACUUGAUAAUAUAGAACGAAAUAAUAUUCGUCUUAUACAACGAUGGACUCAACAGGAUCUUCGUUCACUUGCUGAACGUACAAAAUGGGUUGCAACUGAUAAUCGAUUUCUUCUCCGAGAAGAAAAUUUAUUAUUAAAACAAAAAUUAUAUCAUGUUUAUGAUGAUUUUGCAACAGUUCUCAAUCGUAAUCAUUCAUUAGAAAUGUCCUAUGGAGAACAAAAACAACAAUUAAUAUUAUACAAACAGCAAUUCAAUGACUUAAAACAAACCGCAAAAUAUCUUUUACUCGACUUAGAUAAAAGAUCAGCAGAUGAUAAAAUUAAACGAUUUUUAAAUAAUAUUAUUCUUGAUCAACAAUUUACUGGAAUACCAACUAGUCAUAAUACAUUUCAUCAAACACAUAUAACUCCAACAAAAACGAAUCCAUCAAUUGUUAAUUCUUCUUCAUUUUUCUUUGAAACUCCUCAUAAAGCAUCAGCACCACCACCACCAUCUCAACCAGCUACGACUCGAACACGUGUAUCACCGGUUGCACCAGCGAAUAAACUUCGACCUAAAUCACUUUUUGUAACUCCAACUAUACUUAAUGAUACAACAGCUCUUUCAAAAUUACAACAAAAUCGAAGUCCAACAUAUGAUUUAAUAUCACAUACACUUAGUUCAUCAUCAACUAUUUAUGAUGCUGAAUCAAUCUUAACAUCAUCUUCAUCAUCUUCAUCACUUCAACAUCAACAACGAAAACGUAUGACUUUAUAUAAUAGUUUACCAUCAUUAAAUGUACCACAAACAAUUGAUAUGACAAUAACACAUGAUCAACAAUGUUUUAAUGAUAAAAAUAAUAAUAAUAAUAAUAAUAAUGAAAGUGGUCCUGAACUUGAUCAAAUAUCAGAUUUAACAUCGAAAAUGUUUAGUUCAGGUGAAGAAGAUGAAGUUGAAGAAGAUGAAGAUGUUGGACUUGGUAUUAGUGGAACAUCAACUUCUUCAUCAUCGACUAUAUCAUCUGAAGCUGAAUGA